GUAACCGGCUGCGCGCUGCUAGGGCUGAGCGGGCGCUCGGGCUUCAGGUGCGCAGGUUGAAGAUCGAGGAGGUGAAGAGCACCACCAAGACGCAGCGCAUCGCCUCUCACAGCUACGUGAAGGGGCUGGGGCUGGACGAGAGCGGCCUGGCCAAGCAGGCGGCCUCGGGGCUCGUGGGCCAGGAGAACGCGCGCGAGGCAUGUGGUGUGAUAGUGGAAUUAAUCAAAAGCAAGAAAAUUGCUGGAAGAGCUGUCUUGUUGGCAGGGCCUCCUGGAACUGGCAAGAAUACAGUGAUGGUGGUAGAUCACCUCAAGGAAGAAAGAAAGGCUGGAGUUCUUUCCCAGGUAAUUCUGGCGAGAGGAGCCCUCGUUAUGAACGCGAUGGGUGUGAGCCUCAGCCUUCACACCUCCAGGAGGAUGAUGGAAACGUGGUGAAGAGGGAUGUCCAGGAGGACCCCGAAGUAAGCCACUCUCCCUGUACCAUCCGAGGCAACAAGAGAGGAGUGAAAUGGCAUAGUGAAGGCCACAUGCAUACUACUGUGUAGAGAAAGAGAAAACCUCUGGAGAGAGAAAGGGGGAGAACACACAAGAUGGAACUCCAGGGAGCUGGUUCAGGGUCACAGUGAGUAUCCUGAAAAAUGUAUGGAAUGUGCAGGAGAGAAAAGCCAGGGGGAGUUGUGUUGGUCUCAUGUAGAGAUGCUGGUUUCUUUCACUGGGGACAGUUUGUAAUCUGUCCUUUUUAUUACCAGGAGUUAACAGUCUUGUUCAUCUAAGGGCAGGUUCAGAGAAGCAAUGUACAGGGAGCAGGCUGACCGUGAGGAGAACGGAGGAGCCUGUCUCAAAGCAAAGAUGGAAACUACUGCCAAGGAUAUGGAGCAACUCCACAUUGGAGGUCUCAGCUUGGCAAGCUGAGUGUGGGAGAUGGAGGGUCGAGCCUCUGGAGACCUUGUCUGAGGGGCAAGCAGUGUGUGUGCUGGGUAGGAUCUCCUGGAAAUUUAUAAAAGGAACAUCAUCUCUGACACCUUGAUUAUGUGGAAGAGAGUUUGACUGGAGAGAAAGAGUAUUUAGGAAAUCCAUAUUACGCACACCCAUAAGAAAUCAUGCCAGUGGUCCCUUCUUUACAAGCCCUUUCAAGCUCAGUAGAAGGCCGGAAAAGAAGAGGAAAAGGUUCCUCCUGCAGCCUAAAUUCCCUGUUGUCUGUCCUCUCUCCCAUUGCUUCUUUUCAUCCUUAGAUUCCUU